GCUGCGCUCUGUGCACUGGCCUAUGGAGGGAACCGAUUGUCUGCCGAGAGUACGUUUACUGGAGGCUGGAAGCGAGCCGGUCGCUCCAAUGUAUGUCACAGAUGAUCCGUGAAUCAGGCCUUGUGAAUCAGGAUGCAAGUUCAUUUCUGUUACUGAGGUCCAUUCGGCACCACUAGCGGUGAAUUAGAGUCCAGGAUAACUUAACAGCUUGAACUAUUCGCUAUGCUUACUAAAGUCACUGUCUUACUGAGAUCGCACUCUCAUUGGUUCUAAUGCCCAAACUUGAAUUCAUCAGUGUUCUCCACAAUGCCAGACAGUAGAUCGAUUCGCUUUUAGGCCUUUCCGCAGAGUGUCGCUGGCUUGAAUCAUAGCUUAAACCCAUCUGGCUCGCAUUAAUCAAUUUUGCAUCUGUUCAUGAAUAGCAUUCAUUAUAAUAUGCAGGAUCCAAUCGCCCCGAAUCGGAAGGAAACUCCAAUUCAAGGACACGCUUUUGUCUCUUCAAUAUGGCAAAUGGUGGAAGUGGGAGAUGUGGAUGAUAUCUCAAAAGACUGCGUGGGACGACAGUACAUAUACCGACACUGCGAGCAGAGGACACUGCUAGUGGCGUGUGACGACAUCACUCUGCUCGCACAGGCAGAGCCAUGUUAUCCCCAUGGGCUUAACACCGUCCUCCCCGCUCAUGCAGGGAGUAAUUGUCAUACUGCUUCAGCAGACUAGCCUGGUAGAAUGGAUGGAAGUUACACAGUGAUCGGGAAGCCGGAUGCGACUGACAAGAGAGCUUGAAAGUUUGACGUGCUGCAAAGAGAAAUAGGACGUAUUGCAUUCCCUUUCACUGGGUAGGGU